AUGGGUUUGCUCAAACUGCAUUUUGAACGAACAGCCUGUGGCCAGACGUGCAACCCUCCCCUGGACUUAACGACAGAAGUUGUAGUAGCAGAGGAGACGUCAGAAAAAGGCAGUGGUCAGUACAAAUGCCAGAAAUGUGGUGAUAGCUUCAGUAGCAUCCUGGAGCGGCUGAGGCAGAUCUACAGCCGAGCGUCAGAUUUAAAGAGACACCAGAUGAAACACACCGGCGAGCGGCCGUUUGCCUGUGAGUGUGGGAAGAGCUUCACCCAUGUGUGGCUUCUGAAUAAACACCAGCAGAUCCACACCAGGGAGCGUCCGUACCCUGCAGAGUGUGGCAAAAGCUUCACACAGCUCCAGAUACUUAACAGGCACCUGCUGACUCACAACGGCCAGCGGCCUUUUCAGUGCUCCUACUGUGAGAAGAGCUUCACCCAGCUGGCCAGCCUCACACGCCACGAGAGGAUCCACACGGGUGAGAGGCCGUACCUCUGCACCACCUGUGACAAGACGUUCCUCACGCAUGGAGAGCUGAGCAGACAUCAGCGCAGCCACAGCAACUUCAGGCCGUUCAGCUGCUCGCAGUGCCCCAAGAGCUUCAAGACCAAGCGCGCUCAGAGCGAACACCUCAAUACACACACAGGUGAGCGUCCAUUUGCUUGCACGCGUUGCGGGAAGAGGUUCGCCAAGUCCACCUCACUCGUACGGCACAACCUGACUCACACAGGGGAGCGGCCGCACCAGUGCUCCCAGUGUGGAAAGACCUUCCUCACCUCCGGUGAGCUGCUCCUCCACAAACGGAUCCACACACACACGACCUUAUCCCUGCUCCUACUGCGAGAGGAGGUUCAGGUGCUCCUCCGACCUCAACAUGCACAUCAGGACACACCGGGGAGAAGCCACACAGCUGUCUGUUCU